CAAUUUACGACUGUAGCGUAGAGGCCCCUGCAUAUGCAGGCGCUAUACAUUUACUUUUAAAUUUUCGGCAUGGAGCCCAGUGUUGCAAUUUAGAACCUUCCCGAAAUAGAAAAAGCAGAACACGGUCAAGUCAGGGAACGGACAGGAGGGGAAAAAACACAAAAACAAAACAAAACAAAGAUGGCUGUGUAGCCAGAGAGACAAGUCCCAACAGAACUCUCUCCAGCUGUAGUCUCCGACAGGUUCUGUGCGUGGUCGUGGUCCAGUGGACAGACAGACAAAUCGAGAGCCAGCCGGUACCGGAGCAGCAGGCAGGGACGCGGGGGAGAGCAGCCGAACAGGGCCGCUGGCAGUGCACGUCGUUACCUGCUGUCGUUGCGAAUAACGGACAGCUGAGUGAGGCCGAGUUGUUUUUGUUCUGCCUGGGCUCAGGAAAAAGGACUGCUAGCCUCGCUCCUGGUCCGGGCAGGUACAUAACAGGCAUUUUUCCAGGCAGCCAUCCCAAUGUCUUCGCUGGAAGAAAGAGACGUGGGCGUUGCGGUCGCUCCUAGCUCCUCCUCGGCCGGCCUGGGGGUCGGGGCCGUGGGGGCAGCAGUGGAGGCUGUCGCCGGGGUCGCGGCCAUGCAGGAGGAUGUCGGUAUACGGCGAGAGGGGCCCGAGUCUGACCCGGACGAGCCACCCAAAAAGAGGUUGAAAAUACCCGAAGGAGAGUCAGGGAAGCUGGAGGAGAGACUGUACUCAGUGCUGUGCUGCACCGUGUGCCUAGACUUGCCCAAGGCGUCUGUGUAUCAGUGUACCAAUGGACACCUGAUGUGCGCUGGCUGUUUUAUUCACCUCUUGGCCGAUUCUCGUCUCAAGGAGGAACAGGCCACGUGUCCCAACUGCAGGUGUGAGAUAAGCAAGAACCUGUGCUGUAGGAACCUGGCGGUGGAGAAGGCUGUCAGCGAGCUGCCGACAGAAUGUACCUUUUGCCUAAAGCAGUUCCCCCGCUCCAGCCUGGAGAGGCACCAGAAGGAGGAGUGCCAAGACAGGGUGACGCAGUGCAAGUACAAGAGAAUCGGUUGCCCCUGGCAAGGCCCGUUUCACGAGCUGCCGGCUCACGAGAGCGAGUGCUCUCACCCGACCAAGACUGGUACAGAGUUGAUGGGAAUACUGGGAGAGAUGGACCAGAACCACCGCAGAGACAUGCAGCUAUACAACAGCAUCUUCAGCCUGCUGUGCUACGAGAAGAUCGGCUUUACAGAGGUGCAGUUCAGACCGUACCGCACCGACGACUUCAUCACUCGCCUGUACUACGAAACUCCACGUUUCACCGUUCUCAACCAGACGUGGGUGCUGAAGGCCCGAGUCAACGACUCUGAGCGCAAUCCCAAUCUGUCCUGCAAGCGUACGCUCUCCUUCCAGCUCAUCCUCAAGAGCAAGGUGAACUCUGCCCUGGAGUGCUCCUUCCUGCUGCUGAAGGGGCCGUACGACGACGUGCGGAUCAAGCCGGUCAUCUACCACCACUCCUUCAGCAACGACACCAACGAAACCGAAUACGUCCCUCUGCCCAUCUCCGACUCGGUGGAGUGCAACAAACUGCUGGCCGCCAAAAACAUCAACCUGCGCCUGUUCAUCUUCCAAGUCCAAAAAUAAAGACCUCUAGAGGAGGAAAGCGAGGAGGAGGAGGAAGAGGAGGAAGAGGAGUGAUGGAACGGUUGAAGGAGAAGUGCGUUGAUUGAAGGCCAGCGUCAAAGAGAGGACGUGAUGAUUAAAGAGAGACACCACUGAACCAUUGAUACCUCUUAACACACAUUCACACUCGCGCGCACACACACACACACCCACACACACACACACACACACACGCGCUAAUCGCAACACGCAUAAUAACGCUGUUUUUAUGAGAUAAGUGAGCUGGUUUUCUCCAGAAAGCUGUGAGUUGCUGUGAAGACGAGACUUGAGGGGUGAAACCUGGGGAGUUGGAGGAUGGGAGCGGUGGCGGCGGCGGUGGGUGUGUGGUACCUGUGGUACGUGACCGACGAUUCGCUUUGGACGCCCACAGACGAAGGCGCGCACAUGCGUUUGUGUGUGUGUGUGUGUUGAAUGUUUGCGAACAAAAAGAGAAAAAAAGAGAAAACAACCAAGAGGAAGCGACGAUCCACAGCGUGCGUCCAGACUCCUCUGCUGGCACGUGGACGCGUCCCAAAGACGGGCGAUGAUGUGAAAAUGGAGUGACUGACUCUGCUCAGCUGUUAUUUGGAGGUGCGAAUGAGGGUGGAAGGGGGCAGAUGUGUGUUUUAUCUCCCCGCCUCCCUCUGCACACCAUUUCUUAGUUGUUUUUUUUUCUCCCCUUCAACACCUUCCCUGUCGUUUUUGCGUCCGCUAAGCGACUGCAGCGCUCCACCGCCACCACCCCUUCCUUCCACCGUUCAAGCGGAGAGACGGCCACGCAGCAUUUUUAGUUCUUAUUCCUCCUGCAGUGGUUACACUAACAGCCUCUUCUGUUCUCUUAACCCUGAAUAUUUAAGUAUCUGUGAUUUUUUUUUUCUUUUUUCUUUUUGAUUGAAUGCUGAGUUUAUGAAUGAAUGAAUGAAUGAAUGAAUGUGUGCGUGUCAACAGAUCACAGCUGUGACGUCCUGCUGGACGGAACCAGCCAGGCUGGACCACAACCAAAACAUUCAGGGGUUUCACUGUGUCACUUGCUUUCUGGUAACUAAACAGGCUGUGUGUGUUUAUAUUUAUUUCAGCUGUUUUACAUGAAGCGUUUUCCUUUUUUUUUUUUUUUUUUU